CAACCAGCCGGCGCUCUGGCUCCGCUCGCCGCUGCCUCUCCUCUCGCGGGCGCCAGGCGGACGCUCCUCCCAGUUUCUGAAGGACAUCUGAAAAGGCUGCAUAACGAAUCUUUCUCCUGCCAAUGAACUCUCUCUUCUUGAUGGAUUCAUAGCUGUAAGGGAUUUACAGCACACUGAGAAACAGCGAUGAUGUUCUGUCUCCUGCUGUGGUGGAAUCUCAAAGUCAUCGCCCUCUCUCUCCUUCUGAAAACCACCAUCUCCUUAAACCCAGAUGAUCCAAAUGUUUGCAGCCAUUGGGAAAGCUAUGCUGUGACUGUUCAGGAAUCGUACGCGCAUCCCUUUGAUCAGAUCUAUUACACAAGAUGUACGGAUAUCCUGAAUUGGUUCAAGUGCACUCGACACAGAAUAAGUUAUAAAACAGCAUAUCGGAGGGGACUGAGGACUAUGUAUCGGCGACGAUCCCAGUGCUGCCCGGGAUAUUAUGAGAGUGCAGACUUCUGCAUCCCUCUCUGCACAGAAGAAUGUGUGCAUGGAAGGUGCGUUUCUCCAGAUACGUGUCACUGCGAACCAGGAUGGGGCGGUCCAGAUUGUUCCAGUGGCUGUGAUAGUGACCACUGGGGACCACACUGCAGCAACCGCUGUCAGUGCCAGAAUGAAGCACUUUGCAACCCCAUCACUGGGGCCUGUGUCUGCGCAACUGGAUACAAAGGGUGGCGGUGUGAGGACCUGUGUGACCCGGGAAGUUACGGCAAAGGCUGUCAGCUGAAGUGCCAGUGUCACAAUGGGGCAACGUGUGACCACAAGACCGGGGAGUGUCACUGUGCCCCUGGAUACACAGGCGUGUUCUGUGAAGAGCCCUGUCCUGCUGGCAGCCACGGAGCUCAGUGCGAACAGCGGUGCCCAUGCCAGAAUGGGGGGACCUGUCACCACAUCACUGGAGAGUGUGCCUGUCCCCCAGGAUGGAUGGGUUUUGUAUGUGCCCAGCCAUGUCCAUCAGGAACAUAUGGGGUUAACUGCAGCCAGGAUUGCCCGUGUCAUAAUGGAGGGCAGUGUGAUCACGUGACGGGGGCAUGCCUAUGUACAGCCGGUUAUAUGGGAGACAGGUGCCAAGAGGAGUGUCCUGUUGGGACAUUUGGUUUCCAGUGCAUGGAGAAGUGCAACUGUGAGAACCGGGCGAAGUGCUAUCACAUCAACGGGGCCUGCCUGUGUGACCCAGGCUUUAAAGGGAUUCAUUGCCAGGAGCGGAUGUGUCCCGAGGGAUAUUACGGGCUGAAAUGCAACAAGAGGUGUCCUUGUCAUGUUCCAAACACAGUCAGCUGUCACCCUCUGUCUGGAGAAUGCAACUGCAAAGCUGGCUGGGCAGGACUCUAUUGCAACGACACCUGUCCUCCGGGAUACUACGGGGAAAGCUGCCAGCUUGCCUGUCGCUGCCAAAAUGGAGCGGACUGCGACAGCAUUACAGGAAAAUGCACCUGCGGGCCAGGAUAUAUGGGAGAGGAUUGCUCUAUCACAUGUGCAGCCGGAAUGUAUGGAGCCAACUGCUCAUUGAUUUGCGACUGCAGAAAUGACGGCGGGUGUUCCCCAGUGGAUGGUUCAUGCUUUUGCAGAGAAGGGUGGCAGGGAGUGGAUUGUUCCAUUCCAUGCCCAAGUGGCACUUGGGGUCUCAGCUGCAACCAGACAUGUUACUGUGCCAACGGAGCUGCCUGCAACCCCACGGAUGGAUUCUGCGUUUGCUCUCCUGGCUGGCAAGGGGAUUUCUGUGACCAGCCCUGCCCUGACGGGACAUUCGGUCUGAACUGCAGUGAACACUGUGAGUGUAGCCAUGCAGAUGGGUGUGAUCCUGUUACGGGUUACUGCUGCUGUCUUGCUGGUUGGACAGGCAUCCACUGCGACAGCGUCUGUGCAGAGGGGCGCUGGGGACCAAACUGCUCCAUCGCCUGCAACUGUGAGAAUGGGGGGUCCUGCUCCCCAGAGGAUGGGACCUGUGAGUGUGCCCCAGGCUACCGAGGACCCAUGUGCCAGAGAAUUUGUCCACCUGGUCUCUAUGGGCAUCAAUGCAACCAGCCCUGUCCACAAUGCAUUCACAGUACCGUCCCUUGUCAUCACGUUACAGGACAUUGCAAUUGCCUCCCUGGGUUUUUUGGUCUACUCUGCAACCAAGUGUGUCCAAGCGGAAGAUACGGGAAGGAGUGUGCAGAAGUGUGUUUGUGUACAAACAACGGGACAUGUAACCCAAUUGAUGGGUCAUGCCAGUGUUUCCCUGGCUGGAUAGGCAAAGACUGUUCCCAGACAUGUCCUGUUGGCUUUUGGGGUGCAGAUUGUUUCCACUCUUGCAGUUGUCACAACAGUGCAACAUGCAGCCCUCAUGAUGGAGAAUGUAGAUGCACUCCUGGCUGGACGGGUCCCUACUGUACACAACGAUGUCCAUCUGCCUUUUAUGGGAAAAACUGUGCCAACGUCUGCCAGUGCCAGAAUGGAGCCGAUUGUGACCACAUUACUGGGCAGUGCACUUGCAGAACGGGGUUUACAGGGAAACAGUGUGAGCAAAAGUGUCCCCCAGGAACAUUUGGCUAUGGUUGCCAGCAACUGUGCGAGUGCAUGAACAACGCGACCUGUGACUAUGUGACAGGCACCUGCUACUGCAGCCCUGGGUUCAAAGGAAUCAGGUGCGAUCAAGCGGCUCUCAUGAUGGAAGAAUUAAAUCCCUAUACUAAAAUUAGUCCCGCUCUUGGAUCGGAGAGGCAUUCAGUGGGAGCAAUCAUUGGGAUUAUUAUCCUCCUGCUAAUUAUUAUGGUUUUGCUGGCACUCUUCAUCUGGUAUCGACGGAAACAGAAGAAAGGCCACGACAUGCCAAAUGUCUCGUACACGCCGGCCAUGCGGAUGACAAACACCAAUUACUCACUCUCUGGUGCUUGUGGGAUGAAUAGACGUCAGAACACAUACAUUAUGGAAAAAGGCUUCAAAGACUACACAAAGGAAUCGGCCUGCAGCUCUAGCACGACUUCCCUCAACAGCAGCGAAAACCCCUACGCCACCAUCAAAGACCCCACCAUCUUCACAUGCAAACAUUCUGAGGGCAGCUAUGUGGAAAUGAAAUCUCCCGUUCACCAGGACUCAUCAUAUUCUGACACACCAACCGCUAAUAAAAACAUAUAUGACAUUGAGCCCACCAUCAGCAUCGUCCCAGAGGCUCGUCUCCGCAAUGCUGUCUACAUCCAAAACCCAUACGACCUGCCCAGGAACAGUCACAUCCCCUGCCACUAUGAUGUCCUCCCUGUACGACACAGCCCAAUGCAUGGGACACUUUGGGACAAGCAGUCUUAAAGGGCUGCACCACGCUGCACCCAUCUCCUAUAAACAUUGAUCCCCAACGCCAUGACCGAAGAGACGACAAUCCUUUCUGUUUUGUUCUGCUACAUGCUGGAGGGAGAAAGAAACGCUACACAAGCCAAGGAACGUAAAGAGAGACUUGUAUUAGGCCAACGUCCUUUUGCAUGGCAAUGCUUUCUUUUUACAGGACAGUUUUAUAUGGAUCACAGAAAAACCAAGGAAACUGCUCUGUGUACAAACUGGGAGGGCAAAAAGAGACUCCCAGCAGUGUUUGUCCUCCAGCCCAACUGUGGGCAAAGUGUAUC